AUGUGUCCUAUCAGUUUUAACUACCCCCCCCCCUCCGGACAGAGACGAGUGAAUGGACGUGUGGACUUUGAGAGAUCCUGGGCGGACUACCGGAUGGGUUUCGGUGACCCGCACGGCGACUAUUGGCUUGGUCUGGACGACAUGGCUGACCUCACCAGACGUGGCGACCAAGAGCUACGAAUAGACUUUCCAUUCAAAGGCAAAAACUAUACUUUCACUUACUUCCCUUUCCGCGUGGCGCCCCUUCAAAACAACUUCCGGUUAGGCCUGGGAUCACACAGAGUCGAUGACUUCUACCGGGUUCACAACGGCGCAGUAUUUUCCACGUGGGACAAUGACAAUUCCGGAGGGUGCUCCAAGAACGACUAUAAGACAGGAUGGUGGUUUGUACGUUGUCAUCAAGUCUGCCUCAACGGCGUCUGGCGCUCGACCGAGUGGGCUAAAAUGAUUGUCUGGGAAAGUAUCACGGGGAAUUAUGAGGGUCCCGAUUUUGUCAGCAUGAAAAUCCGACACCACGCUAACAAGUGAGAUUCUUAGUCUGCGAGCACGGGUGAAGGCUAACUUGUUUGUAGAGGCAUUCAACAAAAAUUCUUACUCGAGGCGGCACCACUGAAAUGUGAAUAAAAACAAAUCCUGAGUUCAUAUUGUAUGUUCUUUGGCCAAAAUAAUCUGGAAAAUGUCUCAUUAAAUAUGUAUUCAGGCUUUGGGCAAAAACUUAAUUUAACACUAGACAAUUUAACUAAAGAUGUGAAUCAAGUUGUUCCCGAAUCCGAUCCAGACAUUCGGGAUUGUUUUGUUAGUGACACAACUUUCUGGGCCUUCGACAUAUUGUGGUAUGGUGGCCAGUUCCU